GUUGAAAUGUUUUUCAGUGUAAAUAUCAAUGAAUCCUCUAACGAAACUUCCCCCGCAGAUUUUUCUAUUUAACAGGCCUUUAGCAGAAUGAAGAACAAGAAUAAAGAAUAAAAAAUUGCAGUCUUCUCCGUCUUUUGUUCAGAAGCAAAGAGUUGUCAGACAAAGUCAGAACCUUAAAAAGCAAUGGCUGAUCCAACUAUGGACAAAUUCAUGAAUGGCGUCACGGUUGUGACAAUCAUCUCCGUUGUUUCAAGCUUGGUUGGGCUUGCAAUAAUUGGUUUUAUUGCUUAUAAAUGCGCAAAGAAUGGCAGAAAAGUGAUUGUGCAAGAUUUACAAACAGUGGUCACUGCGGCAAGAAAUAACAAACCGCACAACCCGGUUCCAGUUUGGGAAGUUUCUGCUCCCACCAUGGAGAAUUUCCUCCAGGAAAUAGCAAAGGAGAAGCCUGUCAGAUUCACAGCACAGCAGAUAUACUCUUUCACAAAUAAUUACUCAACCAAGCUGGGUUCCGGAGGUUUUGGGGCAGUCUACAAGGGUCAGUUUCCCAAUGGAGUGAAGAUUGCAGUAAAAGUUCUUAACCGGAAUGUUGACAGAAAAGCUGAAGAUAAGCAAUUCAUGGCAGAAAUUGGUACAAUAGGAAGAACUUACCAUAUAAAUCUUGUUAGACUCUAUGGUUUUUGCCAUGAUCAAUAUAUGUGCGCACUUGUGUAUGAGUUCCUGGAAAAUGGAUCCCUGGAUAAGUACUUAUUUAAAGAGGAAAAAGAAAUUGAAUGGGAUAAGUUACACGAAAUCGCCAUCGGGACAGCCAAGGGUUUAGCAUAUUUACAUGAAGAAUGUCAGCAGAGAAUCAUUCAUUACGAUAUAAAGCCUGGAAAUAUUCUCCUGGAUGGAAAUUUCUUUCCAAAAGUGGGUGAUUUCGGACUCGCAAAACUUGGCAAUAGAGACAAAACACAUGUUACACUCACAGGAUAUAGAGGAACUCCAGGCUAUUCAGCACCAGAAUUUAUGCUAAAGAAUCACCCAAUAACACAUAAAUGCGAUGUUUAUAGUUUCGGAAUGGUGUUGUUCGAGAUAAUUGGUAGGCGAAGAAAUGCAACUGUUCAUUCUUUGAAUUCUGAUGAAAGCCUUGAUUGGUUUCCGAAACAUGUUUGGGAAAGAUACGAGAAAGAUGAAUUGGGUGCAAUGGCAGUAACUUGUGGGAUUGAAGAGAAAGAUCGUGAGAAAGCAGAGAGAAUGAGCAAGGUGGCAUUGUGGUGUGCUCAAGACUCACCAGCGGCAAGGCCACGGAUGAGUGCAGUGGUGAAGAUGUUGGAGGGAGGAGUGGAGAUUUUGCCCCCUCCGAAGCCAUUUCAGUAUUUGAUCUCAGUAGGAAUGGCUCAGCUUCAGCCAUUAGAGACUGGUUCAAGUCAUUCCACAAGUACUGAAGGAACUGGGUCACGGUGGUAUAAAGAAAACACUCCCAUUAUGGCCAAGUAUGGAAUCCAGAUGGCUAGUUCUGUAUAAUAACUGAGUUUAAUGCUCCAUAUAUAUUUUAUUUUUUGUUUGGAUUAAAUUGUCGAAUUGCUAGUAGCAAUUGCAUUUUUUUAGCCUUUGGAUUCCAUUUUUACCCAACAAAAAAGCCCAAGCUUUGUAUAGAACUUAAUAAUGGUCUUGUUCUGGCACAAACUAACUUGAGUUAAUAUUGGCAUGUAGCAUAUGGCCAUCUAUGUCAAUGAAUUUGUCUUUAAACUUAAA